GGGUUCAGUAACUUCCUAGCAAAUUCGCGCAGCAAGUUGGUAAGUCGAGCGAGUUUCAAAGCAGUCUGCCAUUGAUGUAUUGUCCACCGUCAGUCACAAGCACAUUGAUGUAUCAUUCACCAUGAGUCACAAGCACUAUCAAAUCGGACUUAUCGAUGAAGCCGGGCUGCGGUGACAGAACUCCGGUGACUCAACAGGGAAACCGCGACCAACAUAAAUCUCGGGAUUCCAUCUCAUUUCCGAUCAUAGACUUCCCUCCCGCUAAUACUCUCUUUGAAAAUGAGAAACCAUCGGAGACGGUAGCGACCUCUUCCGCCAAUCGUCAUGCUAAAGAAGAUCAUCGAAUAUGUGACCAAAGUCGAACCACCACACUACUACAACAACAAUUUCUAACCCAACGUCCUUAUCCGCUUUGGCCACUUUGGCGAAACGAAAAUAUACGCCCAUGGAAGCUCCUAGCAGCUAGAGUAAGGGGAUCACGCGUUUUUCGCAACGAGUUCAAGGAAGGCUCUCCCUUUACAACGGUAGAUGAUUAUACAAUGGAAGGCCAUGACGACGAAAUUGUGCAAGUAAUGUUGCGCUACAUCUAUGGUAUGACCUAUGCGGAUCCCUUUGUCUAAAGAUCUUUCAUGGACUCACGGCUGGAUUGGUACAUCAAUGUUUACCUCAUCGCUGUGGAGUACAGAGUGCCUUCUCGAAGCAUACUGGCCACUUAUAAGAUCAUGGACAUGCUAUCGCAAGACUUUUGGAAGUAUAGA